CCGGCAUAGAAGCGGUUGGCGACGGUUGGGGCCCUCAGAGCCUCUUUAAAAUGAAUCCGAGUGGGGCUGGGAGUAGCCGAGCAGUGCAGAGCGCGAGGGGCGACUGCUGCUGCUGCUGGGUUUGCGUACAGCGGGAAGCGGGUCAGGAGCCGCUGCAGCCCGGAGCACCGGGCGUCCAGGGGGCCAGCAGCGCCGGCGCCGGACUGGCCGCGGCGGGCUUUGUCCUGAGGGGUUAGAGGAGCAAGACGUUCCCCUCACGCUUUGCCUCGGGGAAGAUCAGGAGGAUUAUAUUUAAAAAAGAAAAAAAAACGAAACGAAGGGGGGUAGGAAAACCCCGCGAGCAUCCGAUUUGCUCAAAGCUAUCUUAAAACUUUCCUUUCUCAGAACAAAACAAACCGCAAAAGAAGUCCAAACUGCCUCCACACGCGCGCAGUUUUUGCAUAUUUUGCCCUAUUUUAUUUUUUCUAUUAUUUAAAAGAAAUACCUCAGUUCUUUUCUUUUUCCGCCUGGCUAUUUUGGAUUUGGGGUGGAAGGUGGACUAAUAGUGGUUCAAGAAGAAAGGAGAGGAUUGCAAAAGGACCGGGGAAGCAUUUAUUUUGCUUCCUCUCGCUUCCUGAGAGGGGAGUGGUUUUCCUUGACGAGGAAACCGUUGAGCUAUUCCUAAGAAAGUUUCUUUCUCCCCUCGUUUUUUUCCCUUGCGUUUUUCUUCCCCUUUCAGUACGUGUGAUGGGCGGAUAACCUUUAUUUUGUGCUGUGGCAUACUACUUAUUUGAAAAAAGAAAACCGGGAAGAAAGGAAAGAAGCGAACAAAGAGGGAUCCCAGAGAUUGCCCAUCUGCCAGUUUAUCACAAUGUACAAUACAGUGUGGGAUAUGGAUCGUGAUGACGCCGAUUGGAGGGAGGUGAUGAUGCCGUAUUCCACUGAGCUGAUAUUUUACAUCGAAAUGGACCCUCCAGCUCUUCCUCCAAAGCCAUCGAAACCAGUAACUUCCGUAAAUACAAAUGGAAUAAAAGAUAAUUGCAUCUUAUCAUUACAGGAUGCAGAAUGGUACUGGGGAGACAUAUCAAGGGAAGAAGUAAAUGACAAACUACGAGACAUGCCAGAUGGAACAUUUUUGGUGCGAGAUGCAUCAACAAAGAAACAGGGAGACUAUACACUGACACUGCGGAAGGGUGGCAACAAUAAGUUGAUAAAAAUAUAUCAUCGAGACGGUAAAUACGGUUUUUCUGAUCCACUGACAUUUAAUUCUGUGGUGGAGCUGAUUAACCACUAUCACCAUGAGUCUCUUGCCCAGUACAAUCCGAAACUUGAUGUGAAGCUUAUGUAUCCUGUAUCCAGAUACCAACAGGAUCAGUUGGUAAAAGAAGAUAAUAUUGAUGCUGUGGGCAAAAAGCUUCAGGAAUAUCACACUCAAUAUCAAGAGAAAAGUAAGGAGUAUGACAGAUUAUAUGAAGAAUACACCAGAACAUCACAGGAAAUUCAGAUGAAGAGAACAGCAAUAGAAGCAUUUAACGAAACAAUUAAAAUAUUUGAAGAGCAGUGUCACACCCAAGAACGAUAUAGCAAAGAAUACAUUGAACGAUUUCGAAGGGAAGGGAAUGAGAAAGAAAUUGAACGGAUUAUGAUUAACUAUGAAAAAUUAAAAUCACGUCUGGGAGAGAUCCAUGACAGUAAGCUGCGACUUGAGCAGGACUUGAAAAAGCAAGCCCUGGACAACCGAGAAACUGACAAGAAAAUGAAUAGCAUCAAACCUGAUCUUAUCCAGCUGCGGAAAAUCAGAGAUCAGUACCUUGUCUGGCUCAAUCAUAAGGGAGUGCGGCAGAAACGAAUAAACGAUUGGCUGGGAAUAAAAAAUGAAAACAUUGAUGAUUCAUACUUUACAAAUGAAGAAGAUGAAAACCUACCACAUUAUGAUGAAAAGACUUGGUUUGUGGGAGAUCUCAAUCGCAUCCAAGCAGAAGAUUUGCUUUGUGGGAAACCUGAUGGAGCAUUUUUAAUUCGAGAAAGUAGCAAGAAAGGCUGUUAUGCUUGUUCUGUGGUAGCUGAUGGCGAAGUUAAACACUGUGUGAUUUACAGCACUCCAAGAGGUUAUGGGUUUGCAGAGCCAUAUAACCUAUAUAGCACCCUUAAAGAAUUAGUCCUUCAUUACCAGCAUACCUCCCUUGUCCAACACAACGACUCACUCAAUGUCCGGCUUGCUUAUCCUGUCUACGCACAGAUGUCCUCCUUCUGUAGAUAAAUUCUGGGAGAGUGAGAUAUAGGUGAAGUGUUGGUUAUCUUGGAUUUCUUUUCUACAGUUUUUAUUAGAACCCAGAGGGCAUUCUUUCUCCUUAGACUGCUUGUUUUGCACAAGAAGUGAUUUGAUGAAUGUGAAUUGGAGACUUAACAGCAACAAGAUAACAGCUUUGGGAUAGGUUGCCCUGGUGCUACCUGAAGAUCAGCUGUGUUUUUAUAUAAAGAGACACUCUCUCUUCCCCUCUCUCUCUUUUGUUCUCCCUGUAAGGAACAAGUAACUCUCAAAAUGUAUACAGAAUACCUAGAAGCAAAACUGUGGAGAGAAAAUUUUGCUAAGUAUCACAGCAGAACUUCCUACUUGGAUUUUGUUUCUCUGAGGUAUUGGUUACAUCUUUCAGUCUUAAACUCCAGGAAAAUGGGGAAAAGUCUCUACUACAGAAGCUUUCCCCCGUUGAUAUUAGCAGCUUUGCUGCAAGUCAGACAAACUUAAACACGAGGGCUCAUCUUGAUGUAGCAUGGUAUUCGGUGAGAGGAGACCAAAGGAAUUAUGGAGAGAGUUUCAGGUUCAUAUUUAAAAAGGUUAUUGUCAAAGAAAUGUUGCUUUAUGUUUUACCAACAAUAGCAAAGUUUUGGUUCUGACAGCACUACAGGUCUUCAAAUAAAGAAACCAAAUUGAAUCCACCAAAACUUCUCUCAUUGCUGGAUUGAGCACUUAUUGGGAAAACUGCAUUUGUAAUCGCACACUUGCCAAAACUUGAAUAUAGAAAUGUAAAAGCUAAAACUUUAUUGUGUAAUUUUCAAAACGUUAACCUGACCUGAUGUAACUGCACCACUUCCUUGUAUUACUUUUUAAACACAUUUUCUUUCUUUCAAGGAUGUUAGUUCCCCCCCCCAAAAAAUACUGAGCUUUGGAAUGUAAACCAGAAUGAAGCUGGCGUUUGGCAUGUUUAUAAAAUACUAAACAAUGAACAUUCUGUUAGAAAACAUUUUGGUUUGUUUGUUUGUCUUAAAAACCCCUUUAAAUGUGCAAUGGAUUGCUUCUCAGUGGCUCGCUAAACCAAAAACAAAACCUAGCAUCAAAAAACCUAGGUGCAGUCUAUAUACUGUUGAAACGUGUCUAUAAACCUACUUGCAUUUGGAUUGCACCCUAAAUCAUUAUUCCAUUGUGCAGGUUGUAUACUUUAAGAAUUCAUUGUUGGUUUUUCCCAAAGGCAAAUAUUUGGAUAUAUGAGUUUUGCGGGAUUAGUCAAGAUAUGAAGUGGUACACAGAAACAAUUUUGCUCAGUUUUCAUUUGCCGUGUCAGAUUCAUCCACAUUGUAUGUUUUAUCAACUAAUGAAAUUACAGCAAAUAUAAGAACUGGAUCCUCUAGACUGUGAGAAUUUAUGUUCUUAAAAAUUCUGUUUCUGACUUCUUGUUACUAUACAUGUGCCCUUCUUGAUUCCUUAUUGUAAUGACUGAAGAUUAUACUUGAGCUAGAAGACUUGCUUAUGUAAAAAAGGAAAAAUGGGCAGAUUCAACAUAAAGUCUUUCCCUUUUUUCUGGUGUAGUAAUUGAAGUGCAUGCCAGGGAUUUGGGACAUAGAUCUUUUCUGGCUCUACCCUACCUUUGGUGCCACCUUGAAUCCACCAGACUGUUAGACUAAUGUUUACACAAAGCAGAAUGCACUAUAUGGGAGCAUAGAAGUAUUAUGCAGAAUAUGAAAUUCCUGAUCAGGAAAAUGAUAAAUCUUAAGCACUAUUCGUCAGUUGGAGGGGCCAAACUAGAUUGCUGGACAUGUCCCAAAAGCACUUCUGUUUUGCACUAAUCUUCCACCACUUAAGAUGAAUGCUGGCUAAUCAGCUGCAGCAACAUCUUCUAAAAAUGAGAUGGUGGUGUCAAACUACCCAGUAAUCUUUAAAAUUGGGAGAAGGAAGUAAAUGGCCUCAUAUGCUCCCAUCUCUUCCAUCUUUUCUUUACCCAACUGGACACUGCACAGUCCCCUUCAGUCACCAGCAUUCUCUUCUUUCACUAAGUGUGGCUUUAGUUUACCCAAAAGAGAUCCUCUGAAAACCUUGCCAGUUUGCUCAUUCUAACAUGUAUCUGUGCAUUAAACUGUCACAAGAUCUUGCCCGGAAAAUCAAGAGCCCCCCCUUUAAAAUCAGAGGAACCUCCCAGAGAUACCAGUGGUAAUUUGUUCUACUUUGGGUAUGAUCAAACAGUAAAAUAAACUAAUUGGCAAAACGAGGCAGAGCUACACAAACCUCGCUGCUUUGUGUAAAUUUGGCCUUAUUUGCUAAUGUUUUAGUGUCACAAUAGACAAAAAACAAUGGUAGAGCAUGGAUGAAUUCAGAAACACACACUUCCUUCAGCUGUUUAUUUUAAAUUUCACAACUAACUUUUAUACAGAACAGUUCAAAAGCCUCCUUGCUGGAUUUCCCUUUACACCAGCACAUUCUGGCACCUUUGCUUUAAAAUGCUGUACAAAUUAAAUGUAUAUAUAGUUCCAUUUCAGUUUGUCUCUCUGCAUUUGCUUUAGGUGAAUAAGUAACAAUUGCUGAUGUUAUCUAUCUUGGGUAUAGAUGCUGCUGCAUUAGACUUUUGAAUGUGCCUGGCCUGUGAAAAUCAUUCUGAUGUCAGCUGAAAUAUGUAGCAAGUAUAUUAUGUGAACAUCUUCAUUCAGUUUACAUCCACCUCUCUUGAUUUAAUAUUCCUGACUGUGGUGGAAUUUAGCUGGCCUCAAGUGGCAACCCUCCAAAUUCUCAUGGCUCAAAUCACUUUUAGUAAGUCUAGUCCUCCUGGCAUCACUACCUAUCUUACAACCAAUGCAUUAGAGAAUAUAACUGAAGCUCAAUAGCUAAAUGUGCAGGGUGAAAGUAAAGAAGCCAUCUUUGUUUUUCAAGCACAUAGACCUUAAUUGUGCCCGCUAUGCAUCCACAUUAACAAGUUCUGUUUUGUGUCCAUGCAUAGAUGACCACUUGAAGAAGGAAUAUUACAAAAAGUGACCCUUUUAAAAAUCCAGCAGCAGUGAAUUAUAUUGUUCUCAGUGAUCCAUCUUUGCAGCCUCCCCCUUCCCACAGUGUUAAGAAAUAGUGUGUUCUCUUAUGCACAGUUCAUCGGAAAUAAAUUUGUAGGUUUUGGGAUGAUUCAGUAUUUUGCUUUCUCACUGCUGGAAAACUGCUUCUUCUUCUGCAGUUACUAUAGCAGGUGUGAUGCACGUAGAUCAGUUAGGAAUGAAAAAUAAUGAACUACCAGUACUUUUGCUGAUUAGUUUCUUUGUCAGUCACACUCCAUCAGAUCAAAUACAUGUGUAUGACAUUUCAGGAAGUCUUAGUAUGGGCAGUGCAGCAUUGUUUCUCCCUGAGAGUGCAAGGCAAUACUCUGAAAUUCUUCUUUAGCAGAAUAGGAAUAAAUCCAGCAUCAGUAGAUACUUUACUAGUCUGUGAACCAGAGAUCCAUUUUAGGUCUGCAUAAGAUCUGGCACAUGCAUGCUCAAGCUGAUUUCCCCAUAAACACACACACACACCAAGCCAGUUAUUUGUAUUGCAUCAGAAAACACUUCUGAAAUCUCUAGAAACUCAGAAGUGAUUUGUCAAGCAGUGGUGUAGGGAACUGCUAUUAGAAAGAAGAAAACAUUUGAAAACUCUUACACAUACAUAGAGAUUGUUAUAAUAACCCUUUUGUGGCCUAAAAUAAAAAGGGUCAGGGGCCCUAAAUAUUUAAGCUUCCCUUUAGGUCCAACAGCAAAAUUAACUUUCAUUCAUAUUUACAAAAACUGAGUGUGCAAACUCCUUCGAGUUCCAGUGCUUUUGAUAUAUAAAUGUGUAGGUGUUUGGAUAAAAGUGUAAAUGAGAACCACGCCAAACUGCUUGUAUAAAACAGCCAAACACCAAUCUGCACAAGCUCAGGAAGAGGGAUAGGAGCAGUUCUUUAGCCUGUCUCAGAGCAGGCAAACAAUAGCCUGUAGAAGCAAAUAUUUAAGUUUAGGUUUAUUAGAUUUCUUAGGCCUUUUUCUUAAAAAAAAAAAAAAAUCAAAUGUGGGCACAUCUAGUGCUAUAUUAAGGGCUUGGAUAGUUUGGGUCUGUAAUUAUGCUGUCGCUUGCUGUGGAAAGCUUUGACAACUUGUACAGUGACUUGAUGCUGUUUCUGUUCACAUAGCAAUUUUCCUUUUUUGCAAUCACAUUUGCAGAUCUAGAAAAGCCCCUUUUUGGUACUUGAACAUAUUUUUCUCUUUGAAUGUGUGUUUGCUUUAUUCUUGUUUUUUAAAUUCACACUAAACAGGGAAUAUGAAUCUAAAGUGGUAGUUCAUAUUGUGUGCGUGGAGACAUAAAUGCAUAAUUUUUUGUGAGGUGACAAGUUAAAAUUGCAGAUUUGGGCAAGUAUUUUAGUAUUAUGUGCAAAGUUGUGUGUCAUGUACUUUAAUUUUUUUCUUAGUAUCCAUUUGUAGAAAUAUGAAUUCAUAUACGUGUAUAUGAUUUGUGGGUCAAGAAGUUUCAGUAUAUUUCUGAAGUGUUUAAUUUUCCCUGUAAGACACUUGUUGUUGGAAGCAGUCCUACUCUUGGUUUUGGCUCUCUUUGAGACCUCCAUUCACUGAUGGUGCAGCAUGAUUUAACAGUUCUUUCAGGAAAGAACGCUAUUUCUUAUCCAAGAACACCCUUUCCAAUCUUGUUCAUUGACGAAAUGUUUUAAGAUAUUGUAGUGGAAUAGGCUGGCAGAUUAAAUUACCUUUUAUAAUAAACAGAUGACUUGUGGUCCCCAGGGCUGACACCAGCAGAGGAUUUAAUCAGGCUUGCGCAGACAGCUGUAACCAGGCAAGGAAUACACCAUUAACCAAUUCUCCUAAUGUCACUGAUCCUCUCCUAGUCCUAUUACUUAUUUAUUCUUCAUCAUCCUCAGCUCCUCCCUACAUGCAUAAGGAGCCUCAGUAAAGUGGGGAUGAUGUCUGCAUUACUACUUCAUAGGUCAUGAAAGUCAUUUCCUAUCACUAUGGCAAUCUUGAUUCACUAGAGCUGGCAACAGACUGGAAAAGUUAACAUCUAUUGGCCUGGCAAUGAAGACCAUUUUAUUCAGGCCAGCACUUUCCAUUCUAACAUGUUUCUAGCAGUUCUGCCUCAUAGCCAGCUGUAGACAUCUUGGCUAAGCCUGGACUCUCCUUCCAGUCAACUGAGAAAUGUUGUUGUACAUUCUUCUGUCUGCUCCUGUGACCUACAACAACCCUACAUUGAGAGGGAAUGGAAGCACUUGUCAGAAAGCAGCAGCAUACUAAUACUUUAUGACAUGGAAGGAGGGGACAGAUUCUACUCCUGCCCUAUUCAAAGGACUUCAGAAGCACCUUAGUUGACAUUAUAUAUCACCUUCAUGCGGGUAUUUCUUGUAAUCCCUUUGCCACCCAGUUGGUCAUCACACAGGCACAAGACACAUGCAGGAAUAUCAGAGGUAUGUGUGAAAAUGCACUACACAACUUGGUUCAGUUUGCUAGAUCAGUGGUUCUUAACCUUUGUUACUCGGAUGCUUUUAAACUGCAACUCCCAGAAACCCCAGUCAGGACAGCUGGUGGUGAAGGCUUCUGGGAGUUGCAGUCCAAAACUCCUGAGUAACCCAAGGUUAUGAACCAGUGUGCUAGAUGAGACAUAACUGCUCAGUGGAUAUCAUACAAAAUUAUCUCAACUUUCAUAGAAUGCCCUCCUUUAUUUUGAUAUGAAAUGACUUUUUUUAGGCCCAAGAUAUAAAAAGCAGAUGAAUUCCAAAAAAAGUACAAUAUUUGAGAACCAACGUGCCCACAUGUUGGGGCUGGUCUCUUCUAUCAUAUGAAGGUGAUACGUAAUGUCAACUAGGGUGCUUCUGAAAGUCCUUUGAAUAGGAUUUAGACAGGUCAAAUUGUAUGAGAGGGCCAAAAGAUACAUGGCGGGCUCUCAUCACCUUGAAGCAGCAAGUGUAUAAUUGUGUAGUGCUUGCAUGCCCCCUACCAAAACAAGUAUCAGCUUUGGGGGAUGAGGAACAGUGGGAAGAUAGCCAGGGAAGAGGUUUGAAAACACACACACAGAGAGAGAGAGAGAGACAGUGUUAUUCCUCUGUGGACCACAUAAUUGUUUUGAACAAUACAUAGGAGAUCCAGAUAUGGAUACCUCAUCUUUGUAAAUUGGCCCUCAGCUAAAAAGUGUCUGGAAUAAGUAUGGACUGAAUACUAUCAAAAAAUAGCAAUGAUGUUCUGCAGGCAGAAAGCAUCCAAUGGAGGGAGGGGAUUCAUGAGAAACCCUUAUGUCUGUUUUGUAACAAAGGGCAUAUGAGGAUCAAUAAUCCAUCUAUGACUUUUCUAGAUUAUUACAAGUUUAAAGCACUGGCAUCUUGGGCUGGAUCCAUAGUUUUUAAUGCAGAUUUUUCUACUGUUCUGCUUUAGCAACAUGCCUCCUGUUUUAUGGCUUAUACAGAUAUUGCUGUUGGGUUAGAACACAACUUGAAGAGCAAUAUGCAGCGAGUGGCAUAGAGGAAUACCCUGGAUUUGAUAGGAAAGAUUGUUUCAGUGAUAGAAAUAGUACUGCAUGUCGCAAUGGCUCGUGUUUUAAACCCCACUCUGGUAUUUCAUAUUGCUUGGUAUCUUGCCUAUAUCCAUGAGAUCAUUGCACUUUCUUCAGUUAGCACCUUGGUCCACUUAUUUUUUAGAUGCAGGGGAGCAGGAUUUGCAACAUCUAUCAAAAAGCUACUAUUUCAAGAUAUUUUCAGGGCUCAACAUGCUCCCCUCUUCAUCAGCAUUAUAUUACUUUUAGUGGCGUUCCACCCUGGUCCUUUACACCAGCCAGCUGUGCAGGUAAAAUUGUGUGCUGUCUUUUGAAAUGCUGAGUGCUUGGUCUUUGGAUGACUAACUAUAAAGAAGUAUGGCUCAAUAUGUUGAUAAUUCUGUAAUUUUGCCAGUUUACAGCACCAUGGGAUUGUAUUGGUCUGUAACAAAUCACUUGCUCUCUCUCUCUCUUUCUGUCUGUGUGUGUGUGUACUGUAUGUAUAUAGAUAUACGGGGAACAAAAUUCACAUACACAUGUUUUUUAUGCAUUGAAGAGGCAGUGCCCUUCUGAAAGUCCAUUUUCACUAUUUGCACUUGCUUUCUCCACCUUACAAUCUGACAGCUGGGUAUUGGUGGGUUUUGUUUUUGGGUUUUUUUCUAUUUAGCUUUGUUUUUGCCUUCCUUCAAAUGGACCUCCUCACCAAUUUUCAUGUGUUUUUAUUUACUUUUCAAUGUUUUUAAGAUUUUAAUCCAGAUUAAACGUUUAUUCAAAGCAAAGCUACAUUUCUAUAAGCCACAUUUUAAAAGAUACAGCAAUGGUUACACACAUUUUUACAUAACUGAAAACCCCAUCUAAAACUAAUGUGCAAAGGAGGGCAGUAUUGUUGUGCCAUUAAUCAUUGUGUAUGGGAAUGUGUGUGUGUGUUUAUGUACACACACACAUACGUAUAUACACAUACACAUAUAGCUUAUAUCUGUCCAAGAAUGACUGGGUAACUUCACUGUCUUGCAUUGAAGGAUGCCAGGGCUGUGCACUCCAUUGUACCUCCCACACAUGAAUACUGCAUUCUUGAAAUCCACUUUGGUUUUCCUUUUAAGGGAUGUUAUUUGUCAAAAACUUGCUUCUCAUGAAGCAAUGGGAUUGUUUUUGGUUUUGUUAUUUUUAAUAUGAAUUCCAGCAUGUAAUUUUGGUAGUCUUGUUGGUAUGUAAAAACCUGUUCUGUCAUUUUAUGGUAUAGUCAAAUUCAUGUAGUUUAACUUUUAAAAAGAAACUGCUUCAUGGGAAAACAGUUGUAUGUUAGUCAUUAUGUAGUUUCUAGAUGAGUAAUGCAACAUUGUACUUGUCACCAAAUGUGCUAUGAUCUUACUGUAUGUUUCUAUUUUUAAAAAAUAGAUGGUUGAGCUUUGGAAUCCCGGACACUAAGCAUUCUGGCCUACUUUGCUUUAGAAUAAAAUGCAAUAAAAGAUUGCAAUAAAGCACAUUUAAAUGUAAUGUUUUAGAAGGAUGUACUGACCGCUGUUUCUAAUAAAUUCAGAAAU